CUGGCGCGAAAUAAAUAUAUCAUGGCGGACUCAAUACUGCCGGACGGUACAGUUCAGUGUCCCGUGUGUGCGGGCGAGUUUCAGCCUGCUACUAUCAACGCGCACUUGGACAACUGUCUGACUGGAAAUGACAAUCCGAUUUUAUCUAGUACCAACAAGGAACCACCUUCCAAAAAGUCUCGCAUUUCAGAGUUUUCUCUGUCAGGCUCAGGAGACACAUCUGAGGGAUCUGGAACGAAGUCGAAUCGAACUGCACCGAUGUUCACAGUUUUUCAGCAUAAACAGAGAUCGUCUGUUUUGACCAGCAAACAGAGUACAGACUCUAACGUUACCAGUAAAACCACAAAACGUAAUGCGACUGACGUGGACCGGAAUGAAGAGCCUACGAAGGGAUGUGAUGAAAAUCGUUCGAACACACAGAUUAGUGGUGCCUUAACUUCAACAGCCAAAAAAACGGACAUAUCUAUGAGUGCAUUAACGUUGCUUAAUAGUGGCAAACCAUUGGCAGAGAAACUUCGACCCAAUACUCUUGAGGAGUAUUUCGGCCAAAACAAAGUUUUAGGACAGCAUACAUUGCUUCGGUCACUCCUUGAUUCUCAAGAGAUUCCAUCACUCAUACUUUGGGGACCACCUGGGUGUGGAAAGACCACUUUAGCUCAUAUUAUCGCCAGCUCCAGUAAAAAGAAUGGCACCGUGCGAUUUGUGACACUGUCUGCCACCAGUACGUCCACCAAUGAGGUGCGAGAGGUCAUCAAGCAGGCCCAGAAUGAGCUCCGGCUCUUCAAGAGGAAGACUGUCCUCUUCAUCGACGAGAUUCAUCGCUUCAAUAAGUCCCAGCAGGACACUUUCCUCCCUCACGUGGAGUGUGGGACGGUCACACUGAUCGGGGCGACCACCGAGAACCCCUCCUUUCAGGUCAACAGCGCCCUGCUUAGCCGCUGCCGCGUGAUCGUGCUGGAGCGUUUGUCCGUGGAAGCGAUGGGCUCGAUCCUGAACCGAGCCGUGGAUGCUCUGGGAAUACGAGUUGUUCCAGUUGUCAAUGGGGAGGAUGACCGUUUGGCCUCUGCAGCACACCAGUCGGAGCCUCAGGUGUACAUUGAGCAGAAAGCCCUGGAUACCAUCGCCCACCUGUGUGAUGGGGAUGCCCGUGCUGGACUCAAUGGACUCCAGCUGGCCGUGCAGGCCAGAGUGGCUGCCCACAGGGCGGGCAUGCCGGACCCCAGCAGAGACGCCCCACAUAUCCUCAUUCAAGAGGACCAUGUCAAAGAGGGCCUCCAGAGAUCCCACAUCCUUUAUGACAAAGCUGGUGAGGAGCACUACAACUGUAUCUCUGCGCUUCACAAGUCUUUGCGGGGUUCUCAUGAGAAUGCUGCCCUCUACUGGUUGGGCCGAAUGCUGGAGGGAGGAGAGGACCCGCUGUAUGUGGCACGUAGGCUCGUCCGCUUUGCAAGCGAAGACAUUGGUUUGGCUGACCCCGCUGCCUUGCCCCAGGCAGUGUCUGCCUUCCAGGCCUGCCACUUCAUCGGCAUGCCUGAGUGUGAGGUCAUUCUGGCCCAGUGUGUGGUGUACUUGGCUCGGGCGCCGAAGUCGGUGGAUGUCUAUAAGGCCUACAGUAAUGUGAAGGCCUGCCUGAGGAACCACCGCGGCCCGCUGCCCCCGGUGCCGCUCCACCUGCGCAACGCCCCCACCCGCCUCAUGAAGGACUUGGGCUACGCCAAAGGCUACAAGUACAACCCUGCCUUCAGCUCUGCGGUGGAGCAGGAGUACCUGCCCGAGGAGCUGCGUGGGAUGAACUUCUUCACCUGGACUCCCACUGACCAGUAAUGUCCUCUCUGGUUAGAGGGACGUUACUCUGGGGAUGUCUGCUCUUAGUAUGACACUUGAAGUGGAAUGUCAGUGGACUGCUUGAUGUGUGUGCAUUGGGGAGAUGACUCUUAUUGAAUGCAUUACCAAUGGAUCUGUUCUUUGGAGUUGUUAAAUCCUCUUUUGUUUGACAUGGCUUUGCAAAAAAAGACAGAUGCAGAAUGCAGAUACGUUUUCAUUUGAAGGUAUGUUAUAUCUGGCAUUGCUUUUACAAUCAUCAUCAUAAUAAAUAUUUUCACAACAAAA